UGCGUUUAUUCUGAAGGAGUUGAUGACCAUUGAAGUGCUUCAGAGUUGGGGUCAAACUCCCAACCAUAAAGUUGUCUGCUUCUUUAUAGCAGAGUUUGACCGGCGAGGACAAGUAGGCGAGAAGUAAACAUCAUGGAUGACGCACUGGUUAACAUAUUGUUCAUAAGGGUGGUUGGCAAUUGGGACAGAAAGUCAAAAUAAGAUGUAUUCUUUAUCCUUGAAUCUCUGCCCACUCGUAUACAGAUCUAGUACAUCCAACAAAACCUCUUUCAAACACCACAACUAACCUAUCAAAAGAGUUCCCACCUGCUCUCACUUUCAGGGUUGUGGCGGUUGAACAGAGAGAGCAGCCAUGCUUAGAGCCAUGAGCACGAGAAGAAACCAUGGCGGCUACCAGAAACUGGUCGAAGAAGAAGAAAAAGAUUCAGGAUUCGGACAGAAGCUGAAGAGGGUGGGAAGUGUUCCUUCGAGUUUCUACGGCCCUUCCAUAAACCCAAAGCAAUCAGGACAGAGUUCCCAGUUGAAGAAAUCGACGGGGACGACUGUUCACCCUCUUCUUAGUUUCUUCGACGUUACUUUCCAGAGGAAGCAGAGUAAGAAUAAGAACAAGAAGAAGACGGUGACAUCAAAACCAGAGAUGGCGAGGUAUUUGGAGUAUCUGAAGGAGGGAGGAGUGUGGGACCCCACUUCCAACUCUCCGGUCAUUUAUUUCAGAUGAUACGGUGGCCGAAGAGUGAGUUUACGAUGGGUUUCGAACAAUGUAUAAUGUCUUAAACCGACAUUUCAGUGAUGUCUGUAACAUGUGGUGUUACACUUUCAUUUAAUUUAUGUGAACUUCGAUAGAUUCGCAGUCUGGGCGAUCUUCCCCUACUCGACCCCUUUUGAUUUCCUAUGGCUUUUCAAAUAAUUCAGACCCUUUUUUUAAUCAUAAUUCGGGAUUUA